GACAAGUGCCAAUAAGCGCGGCUGCAAACAGAGAGGAACCAACCGGGUAAACAAACCCAGGCGCAGAGCGCGGCUUCUCUCGCUGGGUUAGGGCUGGCGGAGAGGGGGAGGAACGGGCCGAUUUUAGGGUGGGCUUGCUGAGAGCUCUCUGCCCUGUCGGCCGAGCCCGGCGCUGCGGGAGGAGCCGGCGGCUCUCCCGGCGGGCGCGGUGCCGUGCCCGGCUGCGGCGCCUGCGGGAUGCUCUGGAGCGCAGGGAUGCGGAGGAGGGGGGCUGCGGGAGGGGAGAGGGAGGCGUGUGCCUGCCUGCGAGGGGGGCAUUUCUUCCCGUACCCGCACAAGCCGAUGCCUACCCUGCUGAAGCAGUUAAACGGGGGAGAGCAGCAGCCCGGCUGGCAGAUUCCUGCCCUGUGAUAUGCCAGCCACAGGGUGACGCAAGGGCUGGAAGGCUCCAACUAACAAGCCAUUUUCACCUGCGUAAUAAGCGCUAGUGGAGAUACGGCAGCGGCGGCGGCGGCGGCUCCCGGUCCCCGCAGCCGGCCAGACCCCAGCGCGGCCGCAGCACCAGCCAGCCCGGCGGCCACCGCAGCCCUUCCGGUGGCCCCCGCUGCAUCCCGAGAGCCGGCGACCAGCGCCCGCCUUGCAGGCAGCAUGUCAGCCCCGCCGGACCCCCAGGACCUGCUGCUGGCGGGCGCUGGGCUGCACUGGGCUGCGGACGGGGCGGACCAGUACGCGACUGGGGCUCCGCUGCGGGAUGGAGAUGGGGCUCAGCAGCGGGAACAGCUGGGCUUCGGCUCCGCCAGGGAACACCCGCCCGUUACCAUGGCGACUGCAUCCCCAGGUGUCACAGGCUCGUCACAUCUCUUCGACUACGGCUCCACUGCCAACGGAGGGGACAACUCCUUCUACACCUCCCUGAUCUCCGAUGUCCACUACACCACCCCGAGGGACUCCACCUAUUUCACGGGCAUCUAUCAGCAGGAAAACACCCCCAUUCCCUGCUCAGGCAGCACGGAGGGGUUUAAUGCUCUGGGCCAUCCUGUUCAAGACGUGACUGGGUUUGAGUCCCGUGGCUUGUUUAGCUCAGACUCGGGAAUCGAGAUGACUCCUGCAGAGUCUACUGAAGUCGACAAAACCUUAGCAGAUCCCAUGAAAGUAGAUGCUUACAAAUACAUGGACAUGAGUAGAUCAGAAGAAAUAAAGUACCAAGAGAAACAUGACUCUGACUCAGAAGAUGAGAGCCCAGGCCUUAGUGAUAAGUACCGGGGAACACCCGCGGGGUCCAGCCACGCUGCCGAACCUCCACGGACGCCUUCGGAGAGCACAAAGGCAGCCAAGGAACAAGACCUGCUGGAAGACAGAAAGUCUGGGGGUCAGCACAGUCCCUCUGUGGCUACAGCCCCUGUCAAGAUCACGCUCACUGAGACAGAAAGCACCAAGGAAGCUGCCAGCAAAGAGCCGAGCCCGACUCAGCCGGACACUGGCCUGAAGCCGAGCCAUGAGGUGGUGCCAACGGUGACGGUGUCAGAGCCGGAGGAUGACAGCCCAGGAUCUGUCACACCACCCUCCUCUGGCACAGAACCGUCCGGCUCAGAGUCGCAGGGCAAAGGCAGCCUGUCGGAGGACGAACUCAUCAGCGCCAUCAAGGAAGCAAAGAGCUUUUCCUUCGAGCCCGCGGAGGCGCAGCGCUCGCCAGCCCCCCCGGCGGAGAAGAGGGAGCCGCGGGCCAAGCCCGGCCGCCCUCCCGCCUCCUCGCACGCCGAUCACGAAGCCAGCAGCGCCGAGUCCGGCGACUCGGAGAUCGAGCUGGUCUCGGAGGACCCCCUGGCCGCCGAGGAGGUGCUGCACUCCAACUACAUGACCUUCAGCCACAUCGGGGGGCCCCCUCCGUCGCCCGCCUCCCCCUCCAUCCAGUACAGCAUCCUGCGGGAGGAGCGGGAGGCGGAGCUCGACAGCGAGCUCAUCAUCGAGUCCUGCGAUGCCUCGUCGGCCUCCGAGGAGAGCCCCAAGAGGGAGCAGGACUCCCCCCUGAUGAAGCCCAAGGUCAUGGACAUUAUCAAGGAGGAGAACAACUCGCGCACUGACGCCUCAGACUACGAGGCCAGUAAAAUGACAGAGAGCAGGAUGAACAGGGAAAACCUGGCAGAGUCCUCGUCCUACCUGAAAAGCUCCUUUGUUGCACCAAAAAUAGGCGCUGAGCCCCCGACCUCUGCCGUCAGCACCGAGGAGCUGAAGGAAAGAGUAAAACUGAAGAAACCCAUUGAAGAAACUGUUGUUAACCAAAGUAAAGUGUCUUCCAAGGACUUUGGCAAAAAAAGUCCGUUGGCUUCGUUGCUACUGCCGUUUUUAAAUAAGCAGAAAGCUAUCGACCUGUUGUACUGGCGUGACAUCAAGCAGACGGGGAUCGUGUUCGGCAGCCUCCUGUUGCUGCUCUUCUCCCUGACCCAGUUCAGCGUCGUCAGCGUCGUGGCCUACCUGGCCCUGGCCGGCCUCUCGGCCACCAUCAGCUUCAGAAUCUACAAAUCGGUCCUACAGGCCGUGCAGAAGACGGACGAGGGCCACCCCUUCAAAGCCUACUUGGAGAUGGAGAUGAAUCUUUCACAGGACCAGAUCCAGAAAUACACAGAUUGUCUCCAGCUAUACGUCAACAGCACAGUCAAAGAGCUGAGGAGACUCUUUCUCGUUCAGGACCUCGUGGAUUCUUUAAAAUUUGCAGUACUAAUGUGGCUGCUGACUUACGUGGGAGCCCUCUUCAAUGGCCUGACUCUUCUGAUAAUGGCUGUGGUGUCUAUGUUUACUCUCCCCGUUGUAUAUGACAAGUACCAGGCACAGAUUGAUCAAUACUUGGGGCUGGUGCGGACCCACAUAAACACGGUCGUGGCAAAGAUUCAAGCUAAAAUCCCAGGUGCUAAGAGAAAGGCAGAGUAAAGCAGACAUCAAGAAUUCAUUGACUACAGUAGUGCAUAAUGGGGAAAUCUGGAGUGAAAACAGCUCUGUUCUUACACUUUACUGCAAAUUUAUCAUUCUUUUUUUUUUUUUUCUCAACACCAUAAUCUUAGAAACAUAAAACUCAGAAGCAGUGCUUUUCCCCUGCUGCUUCUGCACUUAGAAUAUUUGCAAUCACUUGUGUCAAGCACUAAAGUAUAGUAAAGAGAAAAGUGUACUAGAUGUGGUUUUUUGUGUUGCUUAUAAAGUGCAUGAUGGUGAGAGCCUAAAUAAUAUUGACCUCUUUAUUUAAUUUUUUUUUUUUAGUGUUUUUCCUUCUUCUAUUGGCAUUGCUUCUAUAACUUUUAAUGUUACAUGUGGCUAGGGGCUUUCCUGCUUAGCGCACUUGAUGCAAUAGUUAAAAUUGCUUCUACGUCACUGGGUUGCUGGUUGGAUUCAUCUUUAUUAACUAUAUAGAAUUGUAGACUGAUGUUUUAGUGUUUUCCAGCACAAAUAAAAUAAACAGUAAGCAGUACUUAUGGUAAUCAGUUUUGUAUAACUCAAAAAAAAAAAAAAAAAAAGAAAAAAAGAAAACAAAACCCAGUACUUUUGUCGUAAAGGAUUGACAGGCUGAUUUACAUGUAUGGUAACUGGAAAGUUCCAGCAUGUUCAAUUUAUUACGAUUUGUAUUACAUUCUCUGUAGUUCCUAAUGGACUUAAUUAUGGACUCUGAAUAUUUGCACUUAUGUACUUGAUACCGAAUGCAGAAAUAAAUGUUACUAAAUGUAAAAAGUUC